AUGGCUGGGUAUGUCAAGGUGCGUCUGGGUGCGUCUGGGUACGUCUGGGGUCUGGUUCACGAUGUGGCGUGUGGCUUGGCGCAUCUGCACGCCAGCAAUUUCAUCCAUCGUGACUUUAAAGCGCCCAAUAUUCUCAUUGCCGAGAAUUACGCAGGGAAGUUGACGGAUUUCGGGCUGGCAAAGGACGGGCCGGAUGCAGGGCAGACGCACGUGUCGACUCAGAUCAUGGGCACCAUGGGGUACUUGGACCCACGAUAUGCCGAGACAGGUCAGCUGACAGUGAAGAGUGACGUGUAUGCCUAUGGGGUGGUGCUUCUAGAGCUCCUCACAGGCAAGAAGGCGAUGGGAAUCAGCCCCGGGGGCAAACCCAAGACCCUCACCUCCUGGGCGCGCCCGUACCUCAACAAGGCUCGGCCGGACCUGGAGUCGCUUGUCGACCCGAACCUGAUCGACCCGUUCCCAGAGAAGGUGGCUCGGACGCUGGCGAUUUCUGCAAAGCACUGCAUUCAGGAUGACACCAACAUGCGACCCAUGAUGAGCGAUAUUGUCGACACGCUCCGGCCGCUCAACACGGCCAUUAAUGGCCGCCGCUAG